AUGGAUUAUUAUAAUCAUCCUCACUUGUUGGAUUGUAAUUAUCCACAGAAACUUGAAAGAGAUAAGUACCCCCUUAAAUAUGUUUGUGAAAAUAAUUACUUAACGUUGCCCAACUUGAAAGAGUUUGAUAUACCUCCGAGGGUAUUAGAUAAUAUUUUCACUAAUUUGGUCUUAAAUAUAGAUAGUGACAUCUCUUCAGUCUAG